CGCAUUGUUCGGACAGUGAGCGGACGAGAGAUUCGCGCCGAAGGCAUUCUUCGGUGCACGAGCCAGUUCCCAACACGGGUCUCAUGGCUCAAGCAGUCCCCGAGGCGGUCAUUUCGGAAGGCCCCAAGAAAGGUCAGACACGCGUCGCCGGGACGUGGCGGCACCCGCUUCCUCCCAAGUCGGACGGCACCGACUCCAUGGAGGCGGCGUGUAACGGCCCCUAUCUGUCAGACAAGCGCGCUCAGAACGGGGGAGACGAGCCGGUGAAUGUACCGUAUCCGAAUCUCUUCGCCGUCGGCGACGCGGUGGGCUGGUUCGGCGUGAACAACGCCGGGAGGAACUCAUACCACAUGGCCGAGGUCGCCGGGAAGAACACCUUCAAACUCAUCGAGCGGCCCGAGGGCGGGGAGUCGCAGUUGGGCGGCCUCGGGCUCGACCUAUACGAACCCGGUCCGCUCUCGAAGGCCAUUGGGAUUUCGCUAGGGAUGGUGAAGCUCAUCCACCGUCCAAGCACACCAGAAGUGUAGACUGACCGCGGGUGUGUAGCGUAAGCAGCUCGUGCAGAACGGGGAGGGGCAGGCCGCGGCAUCGGUGGUCAGCGUGGAGGACCUGCGCGCCGAGCAUGUGGAAGUUCUGC